UGGGGGCAGCGGGACGGCUAAAGUUGUCGCACUCCCCCAUAUUGACACCACGUCCGUGCGCAUCAAGGCGCAGUGAGCACUCAGGCAGGCCGGCCGGCCGGCCGCUUAUAAAACUUGCAAGGACAGCAGACGCUCCACUCGCACUGGUACUCGAUCUCUACUCCUUCCUUGCAGUGCUCUUCUCGCAGACCGGAUCAUCAUGGGCUCGAUCGUUCAGGCGGAGGAUCAAGUUCCCGUCUAUGAAUCGGGUGCAGAGGCCCUGCAGAAGCUGCAGGAGAAAUGGAAAUCUACGGCCGCGCCGUUCCCGGCCAUGUACUCGAGCGUGCUGGGCGGGAUCGUCCUGGACCCGGCAAUGAUGGUGCUCCCCAUCGACGACCACAUGGUGCACCGCGGCCACGGCGUCUUCGACACGGCCAUGCUCCUCGACGGCCACCUCUACGAGCUCGACCCGCACCUCGACCGCUUCCUGCGCUCCGCGGCCAAGGCCAAGGUGGGCAUCCCGUUCCCGCGCGACACGCUCCGAUCCAUCCUAGUCCAGAUGACCGCCGCCUCCGGAUGCCGCAAGGGCUCCAUCCGCUACUGGCUCAGCUCCGGGCCAGGCGACUUCCUGCUCUCCUCCAGCGCGCUCCCCGGCCCGGCCUUCUACGCCGUCGUCAUCCCCUCCGACUACGACCAGUGCCGCCACGGCGUCAAGGCCGUCACCACCUCGGUGCCCAUGAAGCCCCCGAUGUUCGCCACCAGCAAGAAUGUCAACUACCUCCCCAACGUGCUCUCCAUCAUGGACGCCGAGGACCGCGGCGCCUUCGCCUCCGUCUGGGUGGACGAGCAGGGGUUCGUCGCCGAGGGGCCCAUGGUCAACGUCGCCUUCGUCAACCCGGCCGGCGAGCUCGUGCUGCCGGCGUUCGAUAAGAUUCUAAGCGGGUGCACCGCCAAGCGCCUGCUCGCGCUCGCGCCCAAGCUCGUCGACGCUGGCAUGCUCACGGGCGUCACCACCAAGUACAUCACCGUCGACGAAGCCAAGACCUCCGUCGAGAUGGCCUUCGUCGGCAGCGGCCUGCCCGUGCUGCCGAUCGUCGAGUGGGACGGACAGCCCAUCGGCGAUGGGAAGGUGGGGAAGCUCAUGCUAGCGCUGUCGGAUCUGCUCUGGGAGGACAUGAAGUCUGGCCCGGACAGGGUCGCUGUUCACUACAAGUAAAACCUGUUUUACCAAGACCUAGAGAGAUCUUGCUCGCACGGGCACCGUGCCAAGAGCCGAACACAGUUAAUUUGUGUGUGAGCGCCAACCUGCAUCAGUGUGUUGUCCGAACUGUUUGUCAUCACUUAUCAAGUAGCUAGACUCAAACCUUGUACUCAGUACUACGAUUGUCUUGUGUGUGCGCGAUGAUGAAUGGACGACUCAGCAAAUGAAUAAACUCCUUUGUCUUCUAUCCCA